AUGCCAUCCUCAGAUAUGGGUUGGUCGAUCGACGACCUUUCGGCCGACGACGAAGAAGCCGUCGAAGGUGGCGACACUGGCUCUAUGGAUACGGUGGUACACGACAGUCCCCAAGAGGAGCAGCAAGAAGAACUGAACAAAGUUGAUGACGCUGCCGACAGGCGAGCCGACAGUCUCGAGCCAUACGAGUCUGCAACAGUUGCUCAACCAGACCGGAUGAGCACACCCCCUAUGCUCGAGCCCCAUGUCAGUCCAUAG